CAGUCCUCGAAUAGACGUAAAAUGGUCGAGCUGGUCAGCUUGGUCGGACUGUUCAGCAACCUGCGGUGAAGCGGUCCAGAAACGCCAACGAUACUGCGAAAAUGCUAAACCGUAUCCCGAUAAAGGUUGUGAAGGAAAUCUAUAUGAGACGAGAAGCUGUUCUUUGGCUGAGUGUACAGAUGAGAUGUCCAAACGCACGAAUCUCGGGAACUGUACCUGCGGCUGCGAAAUGGUUGGGCCAUCCGGAUUCUUCUUUGCAACGGCCGCAGAUGCAGAUUUAUGUGAUGGAAAUCAAACGUGGUCAAUGGCUAUGUUAAAUCGAUCAGUCGUCUCCGACUUCAAAAUCAGCGCCGAUAUCGAUGCACAAGGGAAACUAUUCUUCUUUGUUGGAGCUCCUUAUAAGGAGCUUGUAUGGUUUUCUGGUUCAAAUCAAGAGCAAGCGUUUACUUUGCCAGUGGAUCGACCAAUUUUCGUGGUUCUUUGGUACAAAGGGAAUAGUUCAGCUUUGAAAAACCGAAGAGGAUUCAGUGUAGCGUACUCUACGAGAGGUUUGUUUCAUCUAUCCUAUUUAUUCGUGAAUGCAUCACUUGCAAACAUUCUCCUCAUCGCAGUCUUCCUUAAUCAGUACAACAGUUCCCCACAUUACCGACGGCGUCUUGCCACCCGCUGUGCCGAGAAACGACCAAUCAUUGGAUCUUUGGCAGUUCUGUUCAUUCUGAUUAUUGGUUCUUUGGCAGUUCUAUUUAUACUGAUUAUCUUUAUCCCUCCAGUUGUCUGCGCAAGUAUGACUCAGAAACUACGUCGCUACAGCCUUCAUGAACCAUCGCUCCACGUUUACAAGCGGGCGUCUAACUUGUUCUCUUCCAGGGAGGAUUGCGGCGUCAUGGCUCGAUCAGGUACCACAGACUGUACGCAGAUGAGUGAAGAAAAAGGAGCCGGACUAGCUCACAGAAGUGUUGGAGUUCAGCUAAGCGUUCAAAGUACACCCAGGUAUUGCAAGUAUAUUCAUAGCAAAAAGGUUUCCAG